CCUGUGUAGGUAUCUACACCUGUCAAACGCGUGAGGAAAAAGUCUGAAAAAACCCUUGCUGCCAUAUGAUGAUCAUCAAUCACGACUGUUGUUGAAACCCAAAGAAAAUAACUACUUCUGUAUCGUCUCAUGGAUACUUUCCAAUUCCCUAAACUCCUGAAAAAUUCCAUUCUCAUCAUAUUUUUCCUGCAAAUCUCAUUCUCUCUAUCAUGGGGUUUCUUCAUCCCUGUGGAUAAUUACCUAGUUCAUUGCGGAUCGGUUGAAAACACAGUCCUCAACAAUCGAAUCUUCGUUAGCGAUUCGUCUGGUUGUGGAUCGAGUUUAUGGUCUGCAGCUAGGACAACCUCUCUCAAAGAUGAAAACCCACUUGAAGGUUCAUCUCCUCUUUAUCAUACAGCUAGGGUUUUCACAAAACUAUCAAAUUAUGAGUUUGAAAUCAAAGAAAAAGGAACUCAUUUCGUACGUCUUCAUUUCUUUCCUUUUGAUUCAACGAAAUUUAAUCUCUCGGAUUCUCUUUUUUAUGUUUCUGUUAAUGGGGUUUUGCUAUUGAGCAAUUUUACCGGUCAAGAGGAGGAGAGUCGUAAUUUCAAAAAUCCUGUUUUGAAAGAAUAUCUAAUAUGGGUUGAAAGUGGUGAUAAGCUUGUACUUUCAUUCAUUCCAUCAAAAGAAUCAUCUUUUGCAUUUGUGAAUGCCAUUGAGGUUAUUUCUGCACCUAAAGAUCUCAUAGCUGAUACUGCACAAUAUGUUACCUCUGAAAGAGUUGAGAAAUAUAACGGAUUGACUAAAGAGGCGUUAGAGACGAUUUACAGAAUUAAUAUUGGAGGUCCAAAGGUUACACCUUUUAACGAUACUUUAUGGAGAACUUGGAUACCUGAUGAUGGGUUCUUAAAAUUAGGUGCUGCUUCAAAGGCAAUUUCAUUUAGUGGCAGGAUCAAAUAUCAUGCUGGAGGAGCCAGCCGAGAAGUUGCUCCUGAUAAUGUUUACAGUUCUGCCAGAAUAAUGAGUUACCCUAAUGUUUCAAUGCCAGAUUUUAACAUAACAUGGGUUUUCCCUGUUAAGUCAGGCUAUAGUUACCUUGUUCGGAUGCAUUUUUGUGAUAUUGCUAGUAUGGCUCUUAAUGAGCUCUAUUUCGAUAUUUACAUAAAUGGGUAUGCUGCCUACAAAGAUUUUGACAUGUCAGAGCUUUCAGGCCAGAUGCUUGCUGCUCCUUAUUACGCUGAUUUUGUAAUCGAUGCUCAUACUGCUAAGGAGUUGACGAUUAGCAUUGGCCCGUCAAGUCUUAGCAGUCCAGAAAGAAUUAAUGCGAUACUGAAUGGGUUAGAGAUCAUGAAGAUGAAUAAUUCUAUGGGUAGUCUUGAUGGAGAAAUCUCAGUGGAUUCUAUUAUGCAGAGUUCACCAAGAAGGCAUAUGGGGAUUUCAGCGCCCUCAGUUGUUGUUUUAAGUUUAUUGCUUGCUGCAUUUGUUCUGCAUAAGAGGAGGACUGAGAAGAAAGACUCCAUGGGGUGGUCACCGUUGCCUGUGGAGGUUCCAGAAGGCAAAUAGAAGCAACCUUCUUCCUCAGGUAAAUUGGUAAUAUCGCGAAGGUUCAAUGAGGUUUUGUACUAUAUCAGUAUUAUAUAACUUUUGGUAAUAUGUAGGCAGAAUGCAGGAGACUCCUGCAACUAAUGAGUUUGCAUGGAUAUAUUUCUGUAUGGUGCCCUUUUAAAGGAAAUACGUCUUGCUUUGAAAUACUUGAUUUGUAUCAAAAGCUAAUAGUUGAAAUGUCUAAACUGAAGCUUGUAAAAGGCAUGUUUAUUAAUUUGUAUUAAGCAACUCAAGGAGUUUGGGAAAUAACUAUUACAAUCAAGUGUUUACCUUCCUCCA